CCCCCCCCCCCCCCCCAAAAUGCCUGCGACUGGACCUAAGCUCUCGCUGGAAGAGCGACGGAGAGGCGAUAUUGUGUGUCUAUCCCGCGCGAGUUCAUCAAUCUGGCAUCCCCCCCCCUUUGACUGAUGGACACCACGCAGGCGCUCAGCGAAUUCGCCGAGUACGCAGAGAAGCAACAGACCCAUCGUUCCGCCCAGUAUGUGCCCAGCGACAGCGGCUACGAAACCGCCAGUGUAUCCCGAGUGCAUGAGGACCACGCCGAGUUGGAGAUCCUCGACCAGCUGGGGUUGACCGACGCCCCCAAGACAUUCAAGCUCAAGGACUUGCUGCUGGGAACCGGCGAUCAUCCGGAGGAUGACCUGCAGGCGUUGGCUAGCAUGCUGCAGGCUCGCAUCGAUGAAGGGCAUGGGGAGACCCUUUUCGAUGUGGGCCUCGAGGAUGGCGGCGAGUCCAUGUCCUUCGAUCUCGACCAGUGGAAUGCCGCGUUUCAACGCCUGCGGGAGGCCGCGGAAACCCUCCCCGCGCAUUGUCGCAUCCUAGUUACCUACAAUGUCGGUGGGCCUGAGGAAUCCCGCGUCAAGAACGAGCGGAUCAAGGGCUCGUGGGGGAAGCUCCUCAUCCGGCAGCCAGCGGGUACCGUGGAGGAGAUGGCAGAGAUCCGCGUGGCGGUCGUGGGAAAUGUCGACGCCGGUAAGAGUACCAUGUUGGGCGUUCUGGUCAAGGGGAACCUGGACGAUGGCCGAGGCAAGGCCCGGGUGAAUCUGUUCCGCCACAAACAUGAAAUCGAGAGCGGCCGGACCAGCUCGGUGGGCAUGGAGAUCAUGGGGUUCGAUAGCCGCGGAGAUAUCGUGGGUAACUCCCAGGGGCGCAAAGUGUCUUGGGAGGAUAUCGGACGGCGCUCUGCCAAAGUGAUCGCUUUCUCUGACUUGGCUGGCCACGAACGUUAUCUGCGAACCACGGUCUUUGGCAUGCUGAGUAGCAGCCCCAACUACUGCCUACUGAUGGUGGCCGCGAACAAUGGUCUGAUCGGAAUGAGCAAAGAGCAUCUCGGUAUCGCGUUGGCUCUAAACGUCCCCGUCAUGGUCAUUGUUACCAAGAUCGACAUUUGCCCGCCUCAAAUCCUACAGGAGACGCUUUCGCAACUCUCCAAAAUCCUCCGGUCUCCCGGGGCCCGCAAGAUUCCCAUCUUCGUGAAAGAUAUGGAGGAGACCAUCAACACGGCGACGCAGUUCGUGAGCCAACGGAUAUGUCCGAUUUUCCAGGUGUCUAAUGUUACUGGCGAGAAUCUGGACCUUGUCCGGACGUUCCUGAACAUCCUUCCUCACCGGGGGCAGUAUAACAUCAACGCGCCGUUCGAGCUCCUGAUUAACGAUACGUUCUCUGUUCCUCAUGUGGGUACGGUGGUGUCUGGGGUGGCCAAGUCGGGGGUGAUCCAUGCGGGGGAUACAGUUCUUGUCGGGCCUGACUCGCUCGGACAGUUCACGACUACUACCAUCAAGUCCAUCGAGCGCAAGCGGAUCCAGGUGAACGCUUGCUUUGCGGGACAGUCGGCCUCCUUCGCCUUGAAGCGCGUACGGAGGAAGGAAGUGCGUAAGGGCAUGGUUGUUCUCAAGAAGCUGGACCAGCCUCCAAAGGUUUAUCGCGAGUUUGUUGCUGAGGGUGCGACUUCCAUUCUUACUUCUAUAUUCGGGCGUGUCUGGCUAACUGAUGACAGUUCUCAUCCUCUUCCACGCGACAACCAUCAAGCCCCGGUAUCAGGCAAUGUUGCAUGUGGGCGCAGUAAGCCAGACGUGCUCCGUCAUUGACAUUGAUCGGCCUUUCAUCCGGACCGGUGAUCGCGCUCUAGUGGCUUUCCGGUUCGUGCAGCGUCCCGAGUUCCUGUCCCCAGGGGACCGGGUGCUGUUCCGCGAGGGAAAGACCAAGGGCCUGGGCAUCGUCAAGAGUGUCGGGUAUGAUCCCAAGCAGCCUCUCAACCCCGAAGCCAAGGAUGCGGUGGAAACCAGCACUCGGAAACGAUAGGGGGAUUAUUCUGCACAAAGCCAUGAUUUUCCAUUCUGAAGGGGUCGGGGGGUGAAUUGCAUUGCUGGGGUAAGUCGAUGUAGGAGUCGCACAUUCUGCGAGUUUUAGUUUAUAUUUUCUUACAAAGUUUUGUGAAACUUUCUCCCGUUGAGCAAGCCGGAGUGGAUAAGUUGUUCUGUAUUUGUUCCAGGACUUCAACUGCUUGAAGCUGUAAGCCAUACCUCAGGCAAGCUGGUUUCCCAAUCGGGUAACCGGGUGCCGUCACG